UCCCGCCUGCUCGCGCUGCAGUUCAUGCGCGAGAGAAACCAACGGCUCACACGACACCAGUAACGAUCAAGCAGCGCUUUGCCCCCCAAAAAAAUCAAAACAGGAUGUCAGACUCGGAAGACUCGGAUCUGGAGGAACAAGCAGACGUGGUGCGACACCGAACCAAAAUCAUCUAUCAGAGCCAGUUCCCGUACAUUCACAUGGAGCCGCCCGACGUCAUAUAUGAGCGCUGGACCAAGAUAAAGCCCGAGGUGAAGAAGCACGUGGGUCAUCUGAUGCAUGUGUCUGUGUUUUGGUGGCAUAUCCUCCUGAGACAGCAGGACAAUCACCCCACCACCUUCUGGGCCGUGGAGAUGGGCUUUCUGGACUCAAACGUGUCGAAUGAUUUGAGUCUGAAGAGGCUUGAGAAGAUUGAGAUUCUGGAAAGCAUUCUGGAUGCCAUGGAGAGAGGCCUGUCUCACUCGGACAUGGAGACGAAAGCCCGAGCCGCGGUGUCCCUAAGCAGAUUGUUUUCCAUGGACGAGGAUUGUUUGCCUGAAGCCAUCGGCUGGCUGCGGCACUCUGGAGCUCCUGACGUCGGUAAGAAGCUGAUGGAUCUCGGAUCGGUGGAGAUUCGCUAUCGGACGCUCCGCUUUGUCUUCAUCGAGUAUUCACGUUAUCUUCAGGUGAUUUCAUGCAGUAAAAAGAAAGCCAUCGAGGAGCUGAAAUCAGAGCCGGACUCUUGGGCUUUAUCGAAAAGCGAAGAUAUGAAAAACAAAGGAAAUGAGCAUUUUCAGAAGAAGAAAUAUGAUGUGGCGUUGAAGUGGUACACCAAAGCCAUUAAAUACCACCCGAGCAACCACAUCCUGUACGGGAACAGAGCGCUCUGCUACAUUCGUGCGGAGAAAUAUCUGAAAGCACUUGGAGACGGAAAGAGAGCCAUUAUAUUACAGCCAGACUGGGCCAAGGGUCACUACCGCUUCUGUGACGCUCUGUUCUAUCUGGGGGAACAUCAGAAAGCUCUGACGGCCAACCUCCUGGCUCAGGACGCCUGCGGCACAGACACCGAGGGACAGAGAGACCUGCUGCAGCAGCACGAGCGCUUCCAGACGGAGCUGCAGGAGAGCAAAGAGAUGAAGACCAAGAAAACCGAAACGAAGAAAACUUCUUCUAAAAGCAGAUCACACGCGGCUAGCGAUUCUUCAGGUCAUCAGAAAUCCAGUCAUCAGCCGGAAGCGGCGUCUCAGUCUUCAGUCCUGGAGAGUUCGCAAUCUGAAAACUGGAAACACCAGGAAGACACUGCAGGGAAUUCAGGAGCUCGAGUGUUCGCUGAAGGAAGAGCUGACAGAGUCAAAGACAUAAAGAGUGAAAUGAGUCCACGAAAGACUAAGAAAGCCUCAUCCGCUGUCCCAGAGAAGCCGGCGGUCCGGAGCAAACACCCCCCUGUCCCGGAUGGACCGAGCCCUCCAGCGGAGGACGAGAGCGAGGCGGGGAGGAGGAAGCGCUUCUGUGCCGCCGUUCAGGAGGCUCACGUGGCUCUGAGCGACCAGCGCUGCCGGAACGCACAGCAGUCCUUCUCUGUGGCGCUCAGGAUCCUGGAGUCCAGCAGGACCUCGGAGCUGGGUUUGACGGAACUGGAUAAAUCUGUGCUGAUGUAUGGAUAUGCGACGGCCCUGCUGGAAAUCGGACAGCCUGAGGAACUGGCUGAAGCUGAGCGGUUGUUCACCAAAUUAGAGUCGUCAGAGAGGAAGUUUCAGUUACUGGUGCAUUAUGGGAUGGGCAGAGUUUACCUGAAGGAAAACAGAUUUACUAAAGCUCUGGAGUGCUUCACUAACGCACAGCUGAUGAUCCAGAGACACAUCACACCUGGAAAACUCACCUGGCCAACCACUAAAACUACAGUAGAGGAAACACAGCCGGCCUGUUUAAAGGAACAUCUGGAGGACUUCAUAGAGGUGUGUAAGUUUCCUCCUAAAGCGGACGCGGUCUGCCGGUAUCAGCACUGCCUCUCUCACACGGUGGAGAUCUACUUCAGUGAUCCAGACUUUAAGGGCUUCAUCCAGCUGACCUGCUGUCAGAGCUGCAGAGUCGAGUUUCAUAUGAGCUGCUGGAAGAAGCUCAAAACACUUUCAUUCUCUGAUAAGAACGACAAGGAUUUUCUAAAAGAUUCAUGUUUUACGCCAGACUGUGGAGGUCAGGUCUGUCACAUUGUAAUAUAUGACUCGACGGGGCUGAUAAAGUGUGAGUUUAAAACAUCUAUUCCUAAAAUCAGACCUGUUGGACGAUUGAGAAUCAAGCAGCAAUGUACAAGUAUUAAGAAGUUGAAGUCUAAAAAUGAACGAAAGCUUCGGCGGAAACAACACAAGUUGGCGACACGUUCUGCCUGUCAAGAGAGAAAGGAAGUAUCGGCUGCGGACGUCCCUAAAGACCCGACGGCAGAGAGAGAGCCACCCAGAGACUGUAUUGAUAUGGACCGUGUUUUACAUCAAAUUCAUGAUAACAAAGGACUUUUUAAAGAAGAGUCGGUGAAUAUUUCUUGCUUUUUGGUGCAUCUGCGGCCGUGGCUGGAUUUAUUUGAGAGUAAAGGACAUGAGAGCGUGUUAAACAGCCGUAGAGACCCUGGACCUCUGUGGGAGCUGGUGGAUCUUCUGCUGGAGUCCAGAAACCGGGUCUGGGCUCGAGUCUUCAUCGAAACGCUUGGCCUGACGCUUCAUAUCAAACCCAAACUGCAGCAGUGGGCUCAGCAGCUCGAUAACGCUGGUCUGAAAGCCGCGGAGUCGUUCGUCAGUCGUUACAGCUCUCAUCUGGAGGAGUUGGACCUGAAGCCUCUGCUCACGUUCACACCGCUGCAGGAGACGCUCAUCGAGAAGUUCGGCACCGUUCCGGAGUUAUUUGACCGUGAUGGUUUAACUGUAAUGGAGUACUUAAGACAGGCUCCGGCUAAAGAAAAGCGUCUGUUUAUUUGGACUCUAGAGUCGAAUCGAGAGCGCUAUCACUCCUGUCACUCCAUUCUCGGUCAAUAUUUUGAAGACGAUGCUGUUUGUUUAGUCAUUAAAAAGACGGAUGAUGAUGAGCACAUGAGCUCAGUAUUUAAGAGUAAAAACAGGCAUCGCAAGAAGAAGCAGAAGGAGUUAAAGUCUGUUAUUGUGCUGUCUGGAAUGAGAGGUGGACAUCCAAGGGAUGAGGAUGAGGAAGAUGAGCUGUUCUCUGAGGAAGAUGCUUUGAUGUUCCUGAGCAGCAUGGAUCCGUUCAGCGUUCCCGAACACCUGCGAGGGCAGCUGGAGGAGUUUGAGGAGCAGUACGCCGGAUCAGCACACCGGAGCCACUACCAGAGAAUCCUGGACAAUAACCCCGACCCCACUAAAGAGAGUUUAUACGAUUAUUUCGCUCAGAUCCUGGAGGAGCAUGGGCCGCGGUGCGCCUCGGACCCGCUGAUGGUGGGCGAGCUGGAGAACUUUCCUCCGGAGGCGCAGCAGAAGAUCGCAGACGCUGGAGGACUUGAGUCCUUCCUGCUGGCGUCUCUGCGCUUCGUCAUGAUGGACGAGCUGAUCGGCCUGAUGAAGCACGCCGUGUGUCUGACAGACUCCCUGCCUCCGUCACACCUCAACCCCUCGGCUGAAGAGUUCUGGCCUCACGCAGACGCUCACCUCAGCCUUCCUGAUGAUGAUCCAGAGGAGUCUGCGUCGUCCGAUCCGUUCCUGCUCCUCCCCGACCCGUAUGCCUUCGAGUGUCCCGUCUCAGACUACGAGUAUCUGGCAGCAGAUGUGCUGGAGCGAGCACCGGCGUCUGAGCAGAGCGAGGACAAACACACAGCCGUGUGUGAGCAGGAUUUGGCAGAGCAUACAGAUGUCUCCAUUAACACAGAGCCAUACGUGUCCUUCGAGAGCAACAACGGCGACAUGCUUCAGAAAGAGAAGCAGAGGCUGCAGCUGUUGAAGGAGAUCCAGCAGAUGAAGGAGGACCAUGAAGCUGUGCAGCAGAGGAGGGCCGAGGAGAUCGCAGCGCUUCAGGAGGAAACCCAGAAGACCACUCUGAGGAUGCAGAUCGCCAGCACCGAGCUCAGCAUGUUCCAGCAGAAACUAGAGGAGGAGGUGAGGAAAGACCAGCAGGAGAAGAAGGAGAACCAGGAGACGCUCAAGACACUGAAGAUGGAGAUCAAACACCUGGCAAAUUUACAUGAAAGUUACACCAGAGACAUCAGUGUGAAGAAUAAAGAGUAUCAGGCAGAACUGGAACGAUUCCUGGAUGUCAGUAACCAGUGUGCGUCUGAGCGUCUGCAUCUGGAGGAGGAGAUCAAGCGCUUCAGAGACGCGUGUGUGAAGGCCCAGAGGAGAUCCAUGAUGGCUCAGCUGUGUGUCCUGCAGAGCAGACGUGAACACGCGCUGCGGCGGCUCUGGAUGAGUGUCUCUGAAGGGAAGAUGGUGGUCAAACACCUGACGGAGGCGUCGCUCAGUUUCCCCUCCGGUGCUCUGCUGUCAGCCAUAGACGACUGGAAGAAACACAUGUGCGACGCUGAAGACAAAAUCAACAGGAUGCAGAUGGAGUUUGAGGCUCAGAUGGAUCAGGUGAAGAGCGGCACCAGACUCUGUUCACUGCCUGAUAUCUGCGUUCCCAGCAUCCCCGCAGCACCCUCUCUACCGGCCAUGCUUCCUCCUCCGGUUCCUCAGCCGGCUCAGUUCUACGGGCCGUACGUGUCACUUCCUCCCGGCCGCACAGGACGCAGCACACCGACAGACAGACUUCCUGAAGGGCCCCCAGCGCCGCCACACCUCACUGUGUACGAGCGGAUCCUGGAGCGACUCCACAUGAUGUUCCCUCAUUACAACAGGCGGGUUCUGAGCAAGUUCAUCCAAGAGGUCCGUGUGUCCAGUGGAGGCGCUCUCAGCACGCUGACCUAUGAUGACGUCAUCAGCCGAGUGGCUCAGCUCAUCCUGGACCAUCAGGAGAACAUGCGUGAGCAGAUGAACCUCGCGGGUGGAGACGCUCUGGGUCACAUGACUCCUCCGUCUGACACCGCUGUCAGAGCCACCGGGCCGCCACUCACACACGUGUGGAAGAACGUGUCGGAGAAACAUCGCAACACGGCGCUGGCGCUGAACAUGGAGGAUCCGUGCAUCAUCUGUCACGAGGACAUGAGUCCAGAGGAAGUGUGUGUCCUGGAGUGCCGCCACAGCUUCCACAGAGAGUGUAUAAAGUCGUGGCUGAAGGAGCAGAGCACGUGUCCGACCUGUCGAGAACACGCGCUCUUACCGGAGGACUUUCCCAUGCUGCCCGGCAGACACCGCAGGAGCCACGCACCCGCCGCCGCCUUUAACUGACCUGCUGUAUGUUCAUCUGCACCAGUCUUAUCUUCAUAAUCACACACUCA